AUGCCAAAAAAAUUCGCCACUGAAAAUCCAAAAGUGACAGCAGCACGAGAUCGGAAGGCUACUGCCAAGAAAGAUGAAGCCGAGAAGAAAGCAAAGGCCACCGAGGACGCAAAAUGGGUAGAUGAUGAUAAAUUGGCGAAUCGGAAGAUGCAAAGAAAGGAGGAGGACGAAAAAAAGCGUGAAGAAGCUCUUCGUCGAAAAGAGGAGAAUAGAAAAUUGGUGGAGGAAGAGAUGAGUAGUCUUGGAAACAAGAAACCAGCUGCUUCGUCUGCUCAAAAGGUCACAAGAGCCCAUAUCCACAUCCGCAAAGAGGACGAGGAGCGUAUUAUGCGUGAACUCGAAGAGAAACGGAAGCAAGAAGCUCAGAAAAUUGAAGUUGCCGGAGAACUUGAGCAAAAUUUGAAUCAGUUGGAAAUUGCGGAAGGAGAAGCCAGAAAUGUGGAUGAAGCAUUGAGAGUUCUCGGUGAUGAGAAAGCAACGGAAGAUGAUAAACAUCCAGAGAAACGAAUGAGAGCAGCUUAUUUGGCCUUCGAAGAGAAACGUCUUGCUGAAUUGAAGAUCAAACAUCCAACAUUCCGCCUGUCUCAAUUGAAACAAUUGCUCAAAAAAGAAUGGCAAAAGUCCCCGGAGAACCCAUUGAACGCUCGUAUUUUGGCUCUUUCUAAGUGA